UCACAGAUUUUAUCCUGAUGGCUGACUCAAAACCAUUCCCGGCCCUUGAUGGGGACCCUGAGACUGCGGAAACCUUACUCCGGGCUGUGUUUGGGAUUGUCAUGGAUGAGGCCGUUCGCAAAGGGACCAGUGCCUCUGAGAAGGUCUGUGAGUGGAAGGAGCCGGAGGAGCUGAAACAGCUGCUGGAUUUAGAGCUGCGGGACCAGGGGGAGUCGCAGGAGCAGAUCCUGGAGCGGUGCCGGGCUGUGAUUCGCUACAGUGUCAAGACCGGUCAUCCUCGGUUCUUCAACCAGCUCUUCUCCGGGUUGGACGCCCAUGCCCUGGCCGGGCGCGUCAUCACCGAGAGCCUCAACACCAGCCAGUACACAUAUGAGAUCGCCCCCGUGUUUGUGCUCAUGGAGGAGGAGGUGCUGAAGACACUCCGGGCCCUGGUGGGCUGGCGCUCUGGGGAUGGGGUCUUCUGCCCUGGUGGCUCCAUCUCCAACAUGUAUGCCAUAAACCUGGCCCGCUAUCAGCGCUACCCGGAUUGCAAGCAGAGGGGCCUCUGGGCACUGCCGCCCCUGGCCCUCUUCACAUCACAGGAGUGUCACUACUCCAUCAAAAAGGGAGCUGCUUUCCUGGGACUUGGCACCGACAGUGUCCGAGUGGUCAAGGCUGACGAGAGAGGGAAAAUGGUCCCCAAGGAUCUGGAGAGGCAGAUCAAGAUGGCCGAGGCCGAGGGUGCUGUGCCGUUCCUGGUCAGUGCCACCUCUGGAACCACCGUGCUGGGGGCCUUUGACCCUCUGGAGGCAAUUGCUGACGUGUGCCAGCGUCACGGGCUAUGGCUGCAUGUGGAUGCCGCCUGGGGUGGGAGCGUCCUGCUGUCACAGACACACAGGCAUCUCCUGGAUGGGAUCCAGAGGGCUGACUCUGUGGCCUGGAAUCCCCACAAACUCCUCGCGGCGGGCCUGCAAUGCUCUGCGCUCCUUCUCCGGGACACCUCGAACUUGCUGAAGCACUGCCACGGCUCCCAGGCCAGCUACCUUUUCCAGCAGGACAAGUUCUACGACGUGGCUCUGGACACGGGAGACAAGGUGGUGCAGUGUGGCCGCCGCGUGGACUGUCUGAAGCUGUGGCUCAUGUGGAAGGCGCAGGGCGGGCAAGGGCUGGAGCGGCGCGUCAACCGGGCCUUCGCCCUUGCCCAGUACCUGGUGGAGGAAGUGAAGAAGCGGGAGGGAUUUGAGUUGGUCAUGGAGCCUGAGUUUGUCAACGUGUGUUUCUGGUUCGUGCCUCCCAGCCUUCGGGGGAAGCAGGAGAGUCCAGAUUACAGCCAAAGGCUGUACAAGGUGGCCCCCGUGCUCAAGGAGCGCAUGGUGAAGGAGGGCUCCAUGAUGAUUGGCUACCAGCCCCACGGCACCCGGGGCAACUUCUUCCGCAUGGUGGUGGCCAACCCCGCACUGACCCGUACUGACAUGGACUUCCUCCUCAACGAGCUGGAGCGGCUGGGCCAGGACCUGUGAGC